CCUUCUUUAAACAAUGUCCUCCAGCUAGAGCAACCCAGAGAGCCUCUGAGCACAGCACAGCCUUGGACUUAUUUCAAGGGAAAUUCACCCGGGAACUCCUCCACCAGGCUGUGAUCCUGGGCGUAUGCCCCUGGAAAAGCUAGGGAUGAGCACCUCCCUGAGCUACAAGUCCUUCUCCAAAGAGCAGCAAACCAUGGACAACCUGGAGAAGCAGCUGAUUUGCCCCAUCUGCCUGGAGAUGUUCACAAAGCCCGUGGUCAUCCUGCCCUGCCAGCACAACCUCUGUCGGAAAUGUGCCAGCGACAUUUUCCAGGCCUCCAACCCCUACCUGCCAACCAGGGGCGGCACCACCGUGGCAUCGGGAGGCCGCUUCCGCUGUCCCUCCUGCAGGCAUGAGGUGGUCCUCGACAGGCACGGUGUCUACGGGCUGCAGAGGAACCUCCUGGUGGAGAACAUCAUCGACAUCUACAAGCAGGAGUCCACAAGACCUGAAAGGAAGUGUGACCAGCCAAUGUGUGAAGAGCAUGAAGAUGAGAGAAUUAAUAUUUAUUGUCUGAACUGCGAAAUGCCCACCUGCUCCUUGUGCAAAGUCUUUGGUGCCCACAAAGACUGUCAAGUUGCUCCUCUUACAAAUGUUUACCAGCAACAGAAGUCCGAGCUGAGUGAUGGCAUUGCAGUCCUGGUGGGGAGCAAUGACAGAAUGCAAGGGAUAGUCACACAGCUUGAGGAGACCUGCAAGACUGUUGAGGAAUCCUGCAGACGACAAAAAGAGCAGCUGUGUGAAAAAUUUGAUUAUCUCUAUUCUGUGCUGGAAGAAAGAAAAAAUGAGAUGACACAAAUAAUCACUAGAACCCAAGAGGAAAAACUGGAACAUGUCCGCUCCCUGAUGAAGAAGUAUGGGGAUCAUUUGGAAGCUGUAUCAAAGCUGGUUGAAUCAGGAAUACAGUUCAUGGAAGAGCCAGAAAUGGCCGUGUUUUUGCAGAAUGCCAAAACAUUGCUACAAAAAAUUACUGAAGCAUCUAAGGGAUUUCAAAUGGAAAAAAUAGAGGAUGGGUAUGAAAAUAUGAAUCAAUUCACAGUGAACCUCAGUAGAGAAGAAAAGAUAAUAAGAGAAAUUGAUUUCGACAGAGAAGAGGAGGAAGAAGAGGAAGAGGAGGAGACAGUGGAUGGUGAAGAUUUGGAUGAAGUCCACACAGAGUCAUCGGGAGAGGAGGAGGAAGAGGUGGAGGAGAAAGGGACUGAGAUAACAUCACAGCCAUCUCAGCAGGACCCUGAACUGCAGAGCACAGCAGGAGAGCCCUUGGCUGAACCCUCUCCCAUGCCACUGGCCACCACCCCAGCUGGUCUGGAUGAGAUUGUCACACCAAGUGGUUCCCAACAGACCCCAGAGUCUGACACUCAAGUGCCGGCCACAGCAGAAUCCAUGGAUCCACUGUUUUACCCUAGCUGGUACAAAGCUCAGUCACGGCAAUCAACCAGUCCGAGCUCAACCCCGGAGAGUGGGCUGGGGAAAGUAGGGCCUCCUGUUUCUCUGGAAACAAGUGCAAAGAAGGCUGAAGCCCCAGCAGCAGCAGCUGUCGAGGAGAGUGCACCGGGGAGUGGUAAGGAAAGUAAUGCCACUGCAGCGACGUCCAAGACUGGUUCUGAACCCUCGCCUCAAGGACCAGUGGGGGAAACUCCUGUGAGCAAUGGGAGGGGUGACGAGCCGGCUCGUCACAUCUUCUCCUUCUCCUGGUUGAACUCACUCAAUGAAUGAUGACUCUCCCUGCCUGGCUUCUGGUCUGCUGCUUCUCAAAGGGACUGUGAGCCCAGGCAGCCUGGCUGCAAUCAACGAAGAAACUAACCUGGAAAGGGACAUCCAAGCAGGAUUUUUUUUUUUCCCCAGGAAUUCGUUUGACCUCCGUACCCAGUUCUUGAAAUGACAGUCCUGAGAGGGAUGGGAGCAUGGGGACAAAUUGCUAUGCUGUAUUGUACUCAGAGUGUUUUCCAGUAGUUUCUUGUUUCCAAGGGAAAAAUAGCAUCACUACAGCUGUAGCCUGAGCACUGCUAGUGUUUUGUUAUUCAUUUUUUAGCACAUCUUUGUGUAGGUAGAAAUUCCUUCACCAAUAUUGUUAGCUAAAAUGCUGGAAUGUUAUUCACCAGUUGCAUCCUCUGACAACACAGCGUUUCUCCUCAGUACCCUCCUGCAUCCCCACUCAUCCGUACUGGUGACUUCAGUGACACUAUCGUGCCCUUGGCAGCCUCAGGUCAGGGUUGUGUCUAAGCACCUCCCUGCAGUCACUUGUGAUCCCAGGGCACCAGUGCAUCCCCAGCUGCAGAGGCUGAAUACAGGAGGGGAGAGGGAAGCUGCCAUUUCUUCCUUUGCACUUGCUCUUCUGGUUAAGCCAUGACAGAUGAUAGAAACAGCUUAUUUGUCGGGAAGGUGCCCAGCAACAGGGAUGAGGGAGAUACAGACACAGAUAACACUGGUCAGCCCCUGAGCAUAGAUGCAGGAUACAGCUGUGAGCCUGUGGGGCAGUGACCAGGGUGCUGCCCAAGUCUGUCCAGACAUUAUCUGUAUCUAAGUCUUCUUCUUCACCCAUGUGUGUAGAAAAAGGGGCAUGUUCUUGCGUGAAACCAGAAUAUAGUGAAGUGGUCUCAGGUAUUCAUACAAGGUUUAAUUUGAAGGCCCCCUGGUGUGCUGUAGAAAAGUCAAAUGCCCUGUUCUGCAUGCAUGGCAGAUGCUGAGCUAUCAAAUGAAAGCAAAUUUGCCUCUUAAUAGAAGUUAUACAGGUUGUACUGAAAGUGAUACACAAGUUUUGUCACAGGGGACAGGGAGCCAGCACCCAGUAAGUGUUUAGGAGAGGUUAACAGGUUGCUGGGAGUGCUUGGUGCUAUGGGAGCAGGUAUCAAACUCCACACUUCAGUUACAGGUUGAUCUUUCCAGGAGCCCUGAGCCAGGCCUUAAACACACUCUUUGGGCAGGAGACUGUGCCCGGGCAGGGGACUGUGCUGGAGCAGAGGGCUGUGCUGCAUCCCAGCAGGACUGGUGAGCUGGCAGUGCAAUCAUACAGCAUAUCCUGGUUAGCAGCUGUGAGGGGUCAGCCCUGGACAUCCCUUGCUGCAGGGAUGAGUCUCAUUGACCCUUAUUCGUGUCUGUUUCUCCUGGAAAACUCUCCUGAUAGGAAGGUUUUGGGAGGCUGCAUAGGUGAGGUCUGUACAAAGCUUUCAGCUUGGCAUAGCCCAGACUGAGCCCCACUCCCCACCACCACCGCAUCGACUGUAGCUGCUAGAGCAGCCUUUUCCCUGGGAUGUGGUUUAUGAUGAGAAAUCGCCUAUUUUCUUGCUGUUGUCCCAAUAGAUUUACCUCAGUUCCUCCGAGGAAGUUUCUCCAGUCGUGCUGCCACUUUCCCAGCGCCCCUCGCCGGGACGCGGCUUCGACACGGCCCUCGGGACGGGGGGAGUCGAGGCGGGGAGGAACCCGCCCUUUAAGGGUGCGGGGAAGAUGAGCAGAGCUGGAAAGAAAACGGGAGAUGCCGGAGUGCCCCACCGGUUUCCCGGGGAGUACCGUAGUGGAGUAGGGGGGGAGCCGAGGUGCGAGUCGGCAGGACUAGGGACGAAGCGAUCGUCCCCCGGCUCCGGGAGCAGCCUUUGCGCAGCACCUGCCGGGUGGCACGUCGGGGAGCGCCUCUGGGAGCGCCGGCAGGGACGGGGACUCCCCGGGGCGUGGAAAGGAAAGAAACAUCCGCGGGGGUGAUUUAGGGCUCCUUGCGGCUCUGAGUGUCCGCGGCAGUGGGUGGGUGCCCCCUCCGGUCCCAGUAAGCGCUGAGGGAGGCUGAGAAGACCUCAGGCGUCUGAGCAAGAAAGUGUAUCCAGGCAUCGUUACUUUGCAGCUUUUAUUAAAAAUAUAAAUAUUAAACAUUCUCUUACACAACAAAAUCGACCGAGCGCUGAAAAGAUGUUUUAUUGUGAAAAUGUUUACAGGGAAG